AUGGGGAAGCCAAACCCCCUCGCAGACCAUGUCUCCGGCCAGUCCAACAAGCCGAUGUCUAGGCCGGCACACGGCCUCACAUUCGAAGAGGUAAUUCGCGAGCUUGGAGUCGACGGUGACGAUGGGCUGUCAGAGAGCGCGGCUAAGGAGCGCCUGGAAGAGUUUGGAAACAACGAGCUCGACAAUGGCCCUGGCAUCAAUCCCACCAAGAUCCUUCUCAAGCAGAUUGCCAACGCCAUGAUGCUAGUGCUGAUCAUGGCCAUGGCAGUAUCAUUUGGCAUUCAAUCGUGGAUCGAAGGUGGUGUUGUCGCUGCGAUUAUUAUCCUAAAUAUUAUCAUUGGUUUUAAGCAAGAAUAUAGUGCCGAAAAGACCAUGGACUCACUGCGAUCGCUCUCUUCGCCGACAUCACAAGUUGUUAGAGGCGGCCAAAACGUCACUGUGCCUACUAUCCAGGUCGUUCCUGGCGAUAUGGUUGAGCUCAAGACCGGCGAUACCAUUCCGGCCGACAUUCGACUGUUCGAAGUUAUGAACUUUGAGACGGACGAGGCACUUCUGACUGGCGAGUCGCUUCCCGUGCAGAAAGUUGCAGACGAAACUUAUGAUUCGGAAAUCGGCCCUGGUGAUCGUCUGAACGUCGCGUUCUCUUCUAGCACCGUCACCAAGGGCAGGGCCAAAGGCAUUGUGUUUGCGACCGGAAUGUUCACUGAGAUCGGCACCAUUGCCGCAGCUCUGCGAGGACAAAACUCGCGUGUUCGCGAGCCCAAGAGAACGCCAGAUGGCAAAGUCAAGCCUCAUCGUCAAGCUCAGGCCUGGGUUCUAACGGGCAAAGAUCUGCUGGGCAACUUCCUUGGUGUCAACGUCGGAACUCCGCUCCAGCGAAUCUUGUCAAGACUUGCAUGUGGUCUAUUCGUUAUAGCCGUUAUCUUUGCAAUCAUCGUGCUAGCAGCCAAUAGCUUUUCGAGCGAGCAAGAGGUCAUCAUUUAUGCCGUCGCUACGGGUCUGUCCAUGUUGCCGGCCUCUCUGAUUGUUGUCUUGACGAUCACCAUGGCGGCGGGUACCAAGAGGAUGGUCGAGCGACACGUCGUGGUCCGGAAGCUGAAUGCUUUGGAGGCUCUCGGUGCUGUCACGGAUAUCUGUUCGGACAAAACGGGAACCCUCACGCAAGGUAAGAUGGUGGCCAGGAAGGCUUGGAUCCCAUCCAAGGGCACGUACUCGGUUGGAGAGUCAAACGAGCCAUUCAACCCAACCUCUGGCGCGCUGUAUCAUGCGUCCGGCGACCCGGACGAGGCAGACUCUUCCGACGACGAUGUUCCACCCAACCAGGACGACCGAAAGUCUGGCGAACAACUAUUAAAGGACAAUGUUCCGCUUGAAGAAUUUCUUAAGAUCGCGUCUCUUGCCAACUUGGCCUCGGUAUACAAGUCACAUGAGGGCGAAGGUUGGACUGCACGUGGAGAUCCGACCGAAAUUGCCAUUCAAGUGUUCGCCUGCCGCUUCGGGUGGAACCGCCGCGGCUUGACUGAGGGUGAUGAUCCUCAAUGGAAGCUCGUCACCGAAUAUCCCUUCUCGAGCGACGUCAAGAAAAUGUCGGUUAUCUUCCAGCAAAAGGGCAGUGACGCUAAACAUGCCUUCUCUAAAGGUGCUGUUGAGCGAGUCCUUGAAGCUUGCACCGACGUCGACAUGGAUGGCCAGGGCCAUACUACCGAGCUGACUGAAGAGAUCAAGCAAGAUGUGCUCUCCAACAUGGAAUCGUUGGCAUCCCUGGGCCUCCGUGUCCUCGCUCUUGCUUCAAAGAUCUAUGACGGUCCUACCGGUACUAGCGACGAAGACCGCGCACAAGUCGAGAGCGGUCUUACCUUGCGUGGACUGAUCGGUCUUUUCGACCCACCGCGUCCGGAAUCCAAAGGAGCCGUCAAGGCGUGCCACCAAGCCGGUAUCAAUGUACAUAUGCUUACCGGAGAUCAUCCUGGUACUGCGUUCGCCAUUGCUAGGCAGAUCGGGAUCGUUCCUGAUCGUCUCGAUCAAGUCAGCAAAGAGACGGAAGAAGCCAUGGUCACCACCGCAUCCAAAUUCGACAAGCUGUCCGAUGCCCAGAUCGAUGCCCUGCCUGUGUUGCCUCUCGUCAUUGCACGAUGCGCGCCCCAAACCAAGGUCCGCAUGAUCCAAGCUCUACAUCGUCGCAAGUGUUUCGCCGCCAUGACCGGUGACGGCGUCAACGAUUCCCCAUCCCUGAAACAUGCUGACGUGGGUAUUGCCAUGGGCCAAGCUGGAUCGGACGUCGCCAAAGAUGCUUCCGACAUCAUUCUGACGGACGACAACUUCGCUUCCAUCCUCAAUGCUGUCGAAGAAGGCCGCAGAAUCUUUGACAACAUCCAAAAAUUCGUGCUGCAUUUACUGAGUCAGAACAUUGCGCAAGCUUGCACCCUGCUGAUUGGUCUUGCAUUCAAAGACAGCAAUAAUCUUUCCGUCUUUCCUCUUUCGCCUGUUGAGAUCAUGUGGAUCAUCAUGGUAACGUCGGGUUUCCCCGACAUGGGACUCGGUCUCGAGGCCGCUGCGGCCGACAUCCUCGAGCGGCCACCGCAGAACCUGAAGCGGGGCAUCUUUACCAACGAGCUGCUCGUGGACAUGGUGGCCUACGGGCUCUGGAUGGCGGCGCUCUGCCUGUCGUCCUUCUCGCUGGUGACGUACCAGUGGGGCAACGGGAUCGAGGGCACCAACUGCAACGACGCAUACUCGGCCGAGUGCGACACGGUGUUCCGCGGCCGGGCAACCUGCUUCGUCUCCAUGACCUGGUUCUCGUUGUUCCUGGCCUGGGAGCUCAUCAACUUCCGCCGGUCCUUCUUCCGCAUGCAGCCCAAGAGCACGCUCUACUUCACCCAGUGGAUGCACGACGUCUGGCGCAACAAAUUCCUCUUCUGGUCCGUCAUGUUCGGCUUCGCCAGCAUCUUCAUCAUCCUCUAUGUCCCCGUCAUCAACCACGACGUCUUCAAGCACACGGGCAUCACCUGGGAGUGGGGCAUCGUCAUCGUGGAGGCCGUCCUGUUCUUUGGCGGCAUCGAGACCUGGAAGUGGGGCAAGCGUGUCAUGUACAGGCGGAAGGCAAAGAAGGAAGGCGGUGGCCAGAGGAGGAGGCUGAGCAGCGUAGUGUUUGACGAUUAUCUGACCAAAGCGAGCAGCGGCAGCUCAGAUGCGGUAGCGUCCGCAGAGGAAGGCCAGGCCGUGGUGCCAAGUGCGAAGGUUUGA